UGCUCCUGUGCGCGCAGCCGGGGCUCGCCGGCGGGGUCUGCUCUGCGCCCAGCGCGCCUCGCAGGUCAGCCCCAGGCUCCGCGGCUCGGACAGCGGAGAGGAAGACAGGGACCGUGCCCGGUCCGUGGAUGUUCCGCCCCGGAAAGACAGCAAGUUGUGGAGCGCCCGGGACCCGCGAGAGGAGGCGGCCGCCGCCCGCCGGCCAUGGACCAUCAUCUCUACCACAGAGGAUGGAAAGCUGAUGUCCAGUAAAACUGAGAAUCCGUUUUGCUAAUAGACACCCCUCCUAGAACUGUGGAUUACCUGAGGUUUCCUGGUGACUUCACACCUUCAUUCACUCCUGCAUUUCCAGAACAUUGACUUCAGGCCCUCUUUGCCCAAUUUGGUGAAAGAUGGCAUCCAGCCUGACUUGUACCGGGUUGGUCUGGGCUUUCCUCUCUUUUCUUUGUGCUGCCACCUCCUGUGUGGGCUUUUUUAUGCCUUACUGGCUCUGGGGAUCCCAGCUGGGCAAGCCAGUGUCCUUUGGUACUUUCCGGCGAUGCUCCUAUCCUGUGCAUGAUGAGAGUCGGCAGAUGAUGGUGAUGGUGGAGGAAUGUGGGCGCUAUGCCUCCUUUCAGGGCAUCCCCAGCGCAGAAUGGAGGAUCUGUACCAUAGUGACCGGCUUGGGUUGUGGCCUGCUCCUCCUGGUGGCACUCACGGCCCUCAUGGGUUGUUGUGUAUCAGAGCUCAUCUCCCGGACCGUAGGAAGAGUGGCUGGAGGAAUUCAGUUUCUGGGGGGCUUACUGAUUGGUGCAGGCUGUGCCCUCUACCCCCUGGGCUGGGACAGUGAGGAGGUUCGGCAGACUUGUGGCUACGUUUCUGGCCAGUUUGACCUGGGCACGUGUGAGAUUGGCUGGGCCUACUACUGCUCCGGAGCUGGUGCUGCUGCGGCCAUGCUGCUGUGCACCUGGCUGGCUUGCUUCUCGGGCAAGAAGCAGAAGCACUACCCCUACUGAGACGGGCCACUAACAACAAGCAGAGGAGAAGACAGGCUGCCGGGGCUCGAAGGGGCCAAUGUAUCCCGCUACUUUCAAAAGGUGGAAUAGUAGUUCCCAUCCAAUACAAUGCUAAGGAAAUGAAAUGCAGUGGAAUCAGGAGAGAACAAAGGAAGAAAAAGUCAUAGAAAUUUGUGGGAAGAAAUGGAGCGAAUGAGAUGAUGGAGACAAAUGGACCAAAGGUUAAGACUAUUACAGAGUGUUGGGUAGCUCUAUUCCACAAGUUAUAGUUAAUGUAUAUCACACACACACACACACACACACACACACACACACACACACACACACUUACACAAAGCAAAUCUAUAUAUGCAAACAAGGAUUUUUGUCUUUGUUAUGUUUUGUUUUUUAAAGGUGAAGAGUUGGGAGACUCAAAAGGGCUAGCAGAGACAGUAUCAAGUGGGAAGCAGGGUACCCCACACACGUCCCCUGUAGGUGACAACGUCCGGAAAGCACACUAGUACAUGCACACACGCACACCCAUGCACACGCGCCUCCCACACACACCUAGAUCAUCGCCAGACUGCAGUGGAAGUUUAGCACUGCACUGUUUCUCAUUUUUUAAAAUAUUGACUGAAAAUAUAGCAUUAUCACUUUAUUAGACCUAAUAAAUGGACCAAUAAGUCACUCUGUCAGUAUUUUCUGUAUCCUGGAUAAACUUCAUAGUCUUAUCAUGGUUUCAGUGUUUAUACAGGUGUGUAGAAUUAAGCCUUCAUAUUUCAGUAUUAUUCAAAGAUAUGCAAUAUUUCUGAGUAGCUUCUGCUAUGAUAUUCUUAUGAAAAAAGGGGAAAAUUUCUGUCCACUGAGAGAAUUUAAUUGAAAAUAUGAGAAAAAUGAGAGUCAUAUUCCUGUCAUCAGAUCUUGAUUUCUUUUGUCCAUUAUUGUAACAUGCUGUGCCACUUUUAUUUCAAUAUUCAUUUUGUAAGAAUUAUAAAGUGCUAUUUUGUUUGUAUUUGAAAAGUUCUGUGAAUAAAUUCUCUC